AUGACUUGCUUCAGCAAAUAUUUUGUUUUGUUAUAAUAUUUAAAUAUAUCAAGCAAAUAAACACUUUUUAUCACCAAUCAUAAACGAAGAUUCUGAAAAUGGAUACCGUUAAAAUCGGCGACUCAAACAAUGGCUCAAAUAAUUUACCUACUGAAUUGGAACAGGAAGUUACCGGCUUUACCUCCUGCGGCACAAACUUGGAUAUUAAAGGCAGGAAGUUAACCGUACGCAUGCUGCGCAUGAAUUCCGCCACAAUGGUUAUUAUAUCGCCACAAGGUAAAGAAAGUCUAGACGAGAUGGGGGUGGCAUUUCCAUCUCUCGGCAAUUGUGGAUUAUCGUCAAGCACAACAAUAUUUGGAUCAGAAUAUGCUUCCAACUCCCAACGUUUAGCGGAGCUGUGGAGUAAACGUCACAAACGCCAAUUUAUAGUAUGCUGUAAUGUACAAACAAAUGACAUUGAUGGGUCUUUGGUGGAGAGGUCACUAAGCGAUUGGAUUUGUGCAAAUGUGCAAGCAUAGAAGACUUAUUUUUGUAUUAAACGAAAAAAAAAUGUAAUAUUUAUAUAAUUUGUUGUCCGUAAUAAUUACAUAUUACAUAUGUACAUACAUGUAAGAUAAUUUAAAUAAAUCCAAAAAUAAAAACUAAUUUUAAAAAUA